UUGCUCGGGGAUCUCGAGCGACGAACGAACCGAUUUCAGGCCGCAUAAUACACAAUCUGUAAAAAGCUAAAUUACUCCACAGAAGCCAUAUAUCGAUCUUUGAUUCUUCAGGUUUCGCUUCGGAGAAGAUGAUGAAGACGGAGGUAUUUCUGCAACUCCUACUCUUGUUUGCCUUUGGAAUUGGAGCGACUCUCUCAGUCGCAGAGUUCCAAUCUUCUACUCCAGAGCCUCACGCGGCUGAAUCCUUCAAUGUCAGCUAUAUCCAGAUGAAGAACGUUGGGAGCUGUCCUUACACGGUGAUUAUAUCUACGAGUUGUUCGUCUCCUGUAUAUACAAGGGAUCAGAUCAGUAUUUCUUUCGGGGAUGCUUAUGGCAAUCAGAUAUAUGCACCAAGACUGGAUGAUCCAUCUUCAAAAGCAUUUGAGCGGUGUUCUUCGGAUACAUUUCAGAUAAAUGGUCCAUGUGCAUAUCAAAUUUGCUACGUAUACCUUUACAGAACUGGACCCGACGGCUGGAAGCCACGAAGUGUGCAAAUUUACGGUCAUAACACAAGGGCUGUUACAUUUAACUACAACACAUUCAUUCCUUCGGAUACGUGGUACGGGUUUAAUUUGUGCAAUGCUGCUUCAUCUUCAAGCCAACUAUCGUGCAGGAAAUGGUUUUUAUGUGUUGUUCUAGGGUUUGUUUUUAGUUUCUGGAUGUAGAUAUAUGUUAUGUGUUCUUUCCAUCUGUCUCUCCACUUCUCUGUAACUAGGAAACUUUGUAUUUCCCGCGAAAAACAUAGAAACAUGAUAGGUUUAAAAUGACCCGUGUCUGAUUCAGUGUAUUCUACUAUUCUAUGGCCGGCUUGUUUUGUCUGACUCAUUAUGUUCACUGCAAUGUUUCAAUACGUGGUGCUAGA